AUGCGGUUUAACUACACCAUACUCGCUUUCUUUGGCACAGCCAUUUCACUUGACGUGACAUUUUCUCCACUCAAUCGGCCUGCCAGCGGUGAAACCAUCCGAGCUGGUAGUGUCUUUAUGAUUGAAUGGAGUAAAAUCAAAGAUGUUUCCGGACGGAUCGAUAUCUCGCUACAUAACGGUGAGCUAGCGGACGGCGCAAGUUACGAUGGACGUGUGGAAGACAUCAGCACCGAAAGAGAGAGCACCGGCAAAUUCGAGUGGCACGUCAACAGCACUCUUCCAGCCGGCGAUCAAUAUUACAUUCAGAUUGACUAUCUUGAUGAGAUUAAGUACGCAAUCUUAAGCAAGUCCUCGGAUUUCAAGAUCCAGGCUUCUAAUGGGUCAACACACACGACAAGCUCUUCCACAACCCAGAUGCCUACAGGGUCGUCCACCAUAUCUAGUUCAGGUACAGCUACCUCGACAUCGAAUUCUGGUGUAACAACUCAUAUCUCUCCUCCGUUUGUAUUUGUGGGUGCUGCGUUUGUUGGAAUGUUGGCUUUCUAG